AUGUAUCUACACAGUCGGACGGCGCAACGUGCCGAUGCCAGCGCUCGGCUGGCGCAAUCGGCUCGCCACGUUCACCAGCUGCAGCGGCGAGGCCUCAGCGGUAGCAUCAUAGGCGCUAUCCUGCUAGGCGUCGCCGUAUUCGUCAUUGUUCUUGUCCUCAUUAUCGGAUACAUCAAGCGGAGGAAGAAUAAUAAUAAAAAGGCCAAGUACGAGCGAGCCCACGGAGACGACACCACCGAGGUAGCCUCCAGCUCGCGAACCGUCAACGCCGCCUCAACCAACUCAAGAACCGGUCGAUCUACCCAGCCCCCCGCCGCGUCGUCAAAUCGCAACAAUGCCGCCGCUAGCAACGUGGACCGCAACACUUCGGUUCGCUCCGUCAUGACCCUGCCGGCCUACCGCCAGAUGGCUUCGCACAACGAACAGGUUCUGGGCCGAGAGGGCGAGAGAGAUGGCAUCGAUGUGAUUGUCGAUCUGCCCACCGAGGAGGAAUUGGAAGCGCUGCGCGACGAAGAGAUGGAGAGCAUGUAUCAGAUCCGGCUUGCGCGGCGGCAGAUGAUCGAGGAGCAGCAGCAGAGGAGGGCGGCUCGCGAGGAGGCUCGACGACGAGGCGACACCGCCACCCUGGCCGAGCUCCGUGCCCGCGCCCGCGCUGCGAGCAACAACAACCAGACCAUCGAGGAGCUCCGCCGGGAAAUGGAGCGGGCAAAGGAGAACAGGAACCUAUCCGUGUCGAGCGUGUCUUAUGCGGACGUUGGACUGGCCCGCCACGACGGCACACGGAUCCGCGCCAACAGCACCGACAGCGAGCGCAUGGGCCUGCUCUCGGACUCUGCGAGCAUCGGAAUGGCGGAUGCGCGAUCAUCUCAGGCUCACAACCGCGGAAUGAGCGUCAGCUCCGGCUUCGCCUCGCCCGCGCUGACCCGACGAUCGGGAGACUCGCACACCAACACGCCGGGCCAGGCUCCCAGCGAAGCCAGGGCGGGAUCGAGCCCGGAGCUCGUGGAGGCGGACCUAGGCGAGGAAGCGAUGCCGCCGCCGGGCUACGAGGAUGUUUCCCUGGCCGACGACGACGACGAUUUCCGGGACCGGUCAUUCGAAGGGGACCCGGGCGAGCGUGCCCUGCGGCCGGCGGUCGGCGCUGUGGGCGGCAUCCCUCGGCUGCCGAGUCUGAGGAUCAGCGAUCUCCCUGCGAUUGUGGUAGAGCCGUCAAGCGCGCAGCCGCCGGAUCACGAGCACGAGGCUGAGGCUGAGGCUGAACGAAGACUGUAA